AUUAACUCCAGCUAAGAUUACAUAUUCCAGUUUGUUGAAAAUUUUGAGAAGUGCGAGUUACAUGUUGUCAUUGCAAGAGGUUAUGUUUAAAUCUUACGAAAUAAUUCUGUAUUUCAUACAUAAUAUUUAAAUGUAUUCACGUAUUUACAAUUCUAGUUUAGUAAGAAGCAAGAGUCAACGUAUUUUAUAGCUGUUAAUUAAUUUAUGAAUAUUUUGCAAUACGCCAAUCAAGUCUUGACAUGUCCAAUACGACCAACUCUAAUGGAAUCUCAAUUGAAUUUAAUAACGACAUUGAUGACGAAGAUGACAAUGUGGGAAAUACUCCAGAUGUACCUAUGAACAGUAAAAUCCUUGUAUCAAAUGAGACAAAACCUCAAUCAGUUUGCAUUGUCUCAAAACCUAGCAUUUCUACUCCAGUUAGUAUACUAAUAGAGUCAUUAAUUAAAAAAAUUUGUAUGAUAUAUGAGACUGAUAAUCAACAGGCUGAGAUUAUGUACAAAGUUAUUUGUGAUAAAUUGUAUGAUAUGAAUCUUAUUGGAGAGAGCUACACAAUGAACGAAUUCGAAAGCAUCCGAAGUCAGUAUCAAAGAGCUUUAUUACAUCUUUUGGCUUCAGUUAAAAAUGGUGACAAAAACUUGCCAAUUAGUCCUAUUUGGCCAAAGUCAGAUUUUAAUUCUCAUUAUCAUAGAGAAUUUGAGGAAGUAGAGUUUAUCGCAGGUGGUGGGUUUGGACAGGUAUAUAAAGUGAAACAUAAAUUGGAUGGUACGGAAUAUGCAGUUAAGAAAAUUCCAAUUUUAUCUGAAGGCAUUCAGUCUGUUAGGAACUACCUUUCUGAAGUAAAAACAUUUGCUAGUAUGAAUCAUUCCAAUAUUGUUCAGUACAAAGGAGCUUGGUUGGAAAUUGGGCCACCUAAAAGUAAAGCUAUUGUUCAUAAAGACACAGAAUCAUUUACAUCAGCUUCACAUCAAACUGGAUAUAUAUACCAUAAAGACACCUCGCAAUCUUUUACUAAGAAUGAUGAAGAUAGUACCGAUUUUCAAAUUGAUUUUGAGCAUAGUGUCAGUGGAGCUAGUUCUGUGAAGUCGAAGGCAUCAAGGAAAAAACGGAAGAGUCUUUCAGAAGGAGAAGAAGAAAUGGCGGUGUGUAAACUAGAUUUAAAGGAAAUAGAAAGGAUCAAAGCUAUAAACAAGACAAAAGUAAAAUGGGCUACACUUUAUAUACAGAUGGCACUGUGCCAAAGUACAUUAAAACAGUGGCUGGAAAAAAGAAAUUGCGUUACUGAUCCUAAUAAGGCUGUAGUCCCUAAAAACGAACAAAUAAUUAGGAACAACAGUAUUAACCAGAUUCUGAUUCAGUUAUUGAAUGGAUUAGAGUACAUUCACUCGAAAGGUAUUGUUCAUCAUGAUAUUAAACCGAGUAAUAUCUUCAUCCAAGUAGACAAUGGUAAAAUUUUAAUUCAGUUGGGAGAUUUUGGAUUGGCUUGUCCUUUACAAAGUGUGCGACAUAGUCUAGCUUUCGGAACCAAACUCUAUGCUGCUCCUGAACAGUUAGCAGGAAAAUGUAAUAAGAAGAGUGAUAUGUAUUCUUUGGGGAUUGUCAUCUUUGAAUUGGUAGAAAAUUUCAAUACAGACAUGGAACGUGUUCGAUACAUCACUGAUCUCCGUAAAGGACACAUUCCAUCUAACGUAUUGGUCACAUAUCCUCAUAUGUCGGAAAUUAUACAAAAACUGAUGAACAAAAACCCUGAUCUUCGACCUGAUACUACUACUUUAUUGGAAACAUUAAAAUGUAACGAAAAUGAACAAAUAGGACAACUGAAGAUGCAGCUCGCAGAAAAGGAUGAAGAGAUACUACACUUGAAGGAAUUGCUCAAAAUGCACGGGAUUAAAAGCUUGGUUGGUCACAGUACUAUUUUUUAAAAUUGAGUGUUUUAAGGAUUAUAACUAUUGAAACAGUUACAAUCAACAAAGGCUUUUAUAAUAUUUAUCAGAAGAAACAUUUAUCCAUCUGAAUAAAUAUUCCAAAUAAAUGUCAAAUUGUGAAAUAUGUAUAUAA